AAACAAAUCGGCAAAGUUUGUGUCAAAAUUUUAGCUGUCAUUGCUGAACAUUUUAUUAAAAAUCUCAAGAAAAAAACGUAUUUUCCUCUGCAAAAAGGUGUUAAUUUUGGGUGAAAAUGAAGGUGGAGACAGAAGAUGAGGAGAUAUUGUGGGAGAAUCAAGAAGUAGUGGAUAAUAUUGUAAAAGAAGAAUAUUCAAUUGAAGAAAAUCACGAAACUGUCAACAGCAGCAACCAAUUUGUUGAGGCUUACCCAGAAGAUGAAUCAUCUGAGGAUGAAAUUUUGACUGCAGUACGUGCUGCAGUUCUCAAGCAACAAGCUGCAGGGAAGCGCAAAGUGGCCAUAAAGUGCCAUAUUUGCGGGGAAAAAUUUUACGGAGCAUCCACUCUUCGUGCUCAUCUUUUCAAGCAUAAAACUACGCAAAUUGAUAAUUCGCGAAGGAAGAAAAAGCCCAACAAAGUCAGUUGCAAAUUCUGUCCAGGAACAUUAUUUAAUAGUGGAGAGCUCAACAUGCACAUGCAGAUAAAUCAUCAGUGCCUCCUCUGUGGUCAGGAGGUGCUCAAUGAACAGAUGAGGGAAGCUCAUCUACGGGAAUUCCAUGCAGAACAUGAUCCACAUUUUACGAAGGAGGAAAAGGAAAAAUUCAACUGCAGCAGUUGCAAUGAAUCAUUUUUCCAACAACAUGAUCUCGAUGCGCACACAGAGGAGCAACACGAUGCAACAUCCUUCUUCUGUUUGCUGUGCAAUGAAAAGUUCCAGACAAAAGCAAUUCUGCUGAAUCACAUGAAGAGCCACCAAAGCCCAAAAGCCAACAAGAUGACCAAAGGGGUGAAAGAGGAGACCCCAAAGGAGUUCCCGUGCGAUGAAUGCAACGAAGUUUUCCACAGCAUCGAAGAUUACGUCAAUCAUAAACGUAUCCACGUGCGAAAUCGACUUCCGGGCAUCCUUCAGAGGAUUCAGUGUGAUUUCUGCAGCGAAACCUUUGCGGAUACAACAGAAUUCAACAAACACCUGCACAUGCACGUUAGUAGUAAGAAUAGGGCAUCGUUUGUGUGUGACUACUGCAAUGCGGAUUUCUUCACUGAGAAAGCCUACAUUUCGCACAUUCGUGACCACAAGACCAGCCUAGAAUGCCCGUAUUGUUUGAAAUCCUUCGAGCAACGGCUCGAUAAGGAAUUUCACAUGCGUUGGAAUCAUCCUGGACUCCCAAUGAACUCUCCCGUUCUCCCAACUCGAUGCUCAAUCUGCAAAUUGAUUCUUUCAACAAGUGACGAUGUUAAGAAUCAUUCCACGCAACAUGUAAUGAACUCCAUGGAACCCCUACCCGAACCUAAACUUUCCGUGCAGAAUAUCAAGCCCAAACUAGUGCCGAAAGUGAACAAAACCAAAGGUGUUCGAGGGAAAUAUAAGAAGCGACGAAGCCAAAGUCAGAUACAGCACGAGAAAGAAAUGAAGCAACAGAAGAUGGAGGAAAAGCAGCAAAAGGUGCUCAGUAAGAAGCAAAUUGAGGCAGAGAAGAAGCUAAAGGAGAAGCAAGAGAAGGAAGCACAGAAGAAGCUCAACAAGGGGAAAAAGAAGAAAACUGGAGAAUACUUUUCAUGUGGAAUGUGUGAUGAUUAUUUCGAUAAUAUCGAUAUUUUUAUAAAUCACUUCAAGAAGCACAAAAAGUCUGAGAUCAAGAAGAACAAGAAGAACGCGAAGAAAGUUGAGGAAGUCAAGGAAGUUGAGCAGCCACAGAGUAUUUUGAUUGAAGACAGUGAUUCUGAAGGUACAGAAAGUGCGGAGGAAGAAAAGACUUCAGCAGAAAGCAUUCAAAGGCUUCCUUCUUCAGAAGCUCAACUGUCGCCAAUUGAAAUUGAAGAUCAGUCAUCAGGAGAGCAAGAUCAAGAAAUUCAGCAGCAACCAACAACGUUUCAUCAAUUUAACCCCGUAAAGAUCUUCAUUCGCCCAAAACCAGAAAAUCUCCCAAGCAGUGAUGUUGUAAAGUGGGCCAUGAGGCGUUCUAAGAAUAUUCUUUCUGCUCCUAAAAAUCAACUUUCGCUCCCUUCAACUGCUCAUGAAGCUUCUUCACGUUUAAGGGAUCAAAUUGAUUCACUUCCAAUCACGCAGACUAUUGAAAUUGAAGAUGACGACGUUGAGCCUUCUAAUUCAAAUUCUUUGCCUUCAACUACGCAAGAAGAUCAAUUUCCUAUUGAAAACUCUCCGCAAGAUGAACCACCGCCGGCUAAGAAGCAAGCAGUUGAGAAGCCUGCUCAACCUGCUAGUGUGGAACCUCCUGCUUUAAAGCCUACAGAACAGAUAUCAGCUGUUCAGAAGGGAAACUUUGGAAAUACAUUUAAGAUCUCAACAAUUGAUUCUUUUGUUGGAUCUUUCGAAAGUUUCGUCAAUAACUAUGGGUCGGAACUGGACAUCCCAAAAAAGCCUCCAAAGUUCCAGAAGAAGCGUUAAAUCGAAUACUCAACGUGCGUUCUACUGAUGAAGUAUACGAAAUGAAUUAAAAAUCAAAAUAAAAACCUGAAGAAUUUA